AUGGCGAGUUUCAUUUGGUCACUUCCUUCCACACUAUCAACCUUAACACCUUCUCCUGCUCCUCAAUCAGUAUGCGCCCCUUCUGUUCCUGCCACCCCCUCUGCUAGGGGUAAUGGAGAAAUCGCCGACGACCGUAUCAGUAACUGGUCGUUGUCACCGGCACCAAAUCGCCGACUUCAACGUCGAAUUCAGCCUUCACCUGCGCCCUCUGUCGCAUCGGCGCACUCAGAGGCUUCUAAUGCACGUCAUGCUCAACGUGGAGAGAGGCAUGAAGGAGGUAACCCCAACUUCCGUUGGUCAGCAAGAAACAUGCUACUGACAUAUUCCCAAAUCGGAGAUAGGCCCAACCAGGCCCUUUCUGAUGUGAUCGCCCAAUUAUCGCUGCAACUGGCGGAAUGGGCUGCUAUUAGAGAGCACCACCAGGACGGGGGAUCCCAUUGGCAUGUCAUCGUCAAAUUCGAUGUGCCAAUCAGAUCAAGAAACCCCGCCUUCUUCGACGUGGAUGGCAUACAUCCAAACGUUAAAACGCUGGCUUCUGCAAAGUCUGUAUGCAACGCCUGGACCUACCUCCAGAAAGAAGAAGGGGCGGACCACUUUGGACCCUGGCAGGGUCCAGAGGCCGUCCUCGAUGCAGAGGGAGGAAUGGGAAAAGCUAAGAAGGACGAAAAGUGGGGUCAUAUCAUCGCCUCAUUGUCUAGGGACGAGUACGAGGAGCAGGUCCAAACGUUCAGGCCAUAUGAUUGGGUCGUUAACCACAACAAAAUUAUCAACUCUGCCGACAAGCACUGGCCCGCCGAGCCGGAACAAUAUGUAUUGGAAGUUACUGAAUUCCCACACCUGACAGAGGAAAUGAGGGAUUGGGUAACUAAUGAGAUGCCUAAAAGGGAUAGGCCUAAAUUGUUAGUGGUUUGGGGCCCGACUAGGACCGGUAAAACGGAAUGGGCUAGAUCAUUAGGUCGUCAUACUUACAUGAACAGUUUGUUCAAUGCAGACGACAUCAACGAGGCAUCCGACUAUAUUGUUCUCGACGACAUCAGCCUAGAGCACUUCCCAAACUACAAGUCUUGGUUUGGGGCUCAAAAGCAAUUCAUCGUCACCGACAAGUACAAGUCAAAGGCAAGGGGCAUCAACACUGAAUGGAUCGCAGGUAACACCAUCGUUGUCAACCUUGACCACCGCCUUUACGAUGUACCUGACAAACCAGCUCCGCAACCAGUGCGUGUAGAAUGGCAAGGAAAUGUCGUAGAACGCAUAGCCCAGCCUGUUCCACAAAGGCCUAUUCCAGAAAGAGAAGAUGUAGUGUACUUAGAGGACCUUUAUGGUUCAAACCCUGUAUGGAGAUAG